GUAACCCCACCCCUUCAUUCCGACUACCACCUCCUCAUUUAUUUCCACCCGCGAGGGGCAGAGUUUCUCUCUCGCUGCCUCUUUUCCUCCGGGCCCGUUGCCUUGCGGAGGGUCUGCAAACAUGGCUACGAGGCAGCAGCUGGCUUUAUUUAGUGUCUCAGAUAAAACCGGCCUGGUGGACUUUGCAAAAUGUCUGGAUUCUUUGGGUUUGGCUUUGGUUGCCUCUGGAGGAACAGCAAAAGCCCUUCGGGUUGCAGGUCUGAAUGUCAGAGAUGUUUCUGAUCUUACUGGCUUUCCAGAAAUGCUGGGAGGACGUGUGAAAACUCUUCAUCCUGCAGUGCAUGCAGGCAUCCUGGCUCGUGACAUUCCACAAGAUAAAGCUGACAUGGAAAAAUUGGAUUUCAGCCUUGUAAGAGUUGUAGUUUGCAAUCUCUACCCAUUUGUCAAAACAGUGGCCUCCCCAAAUGUAACUAUCCAAGAAGCUGUUGAACAGAUUGACAUUGGAGGUGUUGCUUUACUGAGAGCUGCAGCAAAAAAUCAUGCCCGUGUGACUGUUGUUUGUGAUCCUGGGGAUUAUACUAAUGUAGCAAAGGAAAUGAAAAACUUCCCUGAUAAAGAUACCAGUUUGGAAACUCGACGUCAGUUGGCUUUGAAGGCCUUUACUCACACUGCUCAAUACGAUAUGGCAAUUUCUGACUACUUUAGGAAAGAGUACAGCAAAGGAGUAUCUCAGCUUCCGCUGAGAUACGGCAUGAAUCCCCAUCAGACUCCUGCUCAGCUCUAUACUUUGAGGCCUCAACUUCCCCUCUCAGUUCUGAAUGGUUCCCCGGGGUUCAUAAACCUGUGUGAUGCUCUGAAUGCCUGGCAGUUGGUCAGGGAGCUGAAGCAAGCCUUGGGCAUCCCUGCCGCCACUUCCUUCAAGCAUGUCAGUCCAGCAGGUGCUGCUGUGGGUGUGCCCCUCACCGAGGAGGAAGCUGAAGUCUGCAUGGUGCGUGACUUGUACCCCACUCUAACACCCUUGGCAGCUGCAUAUGCCAGAGCAAGAGGUGCUGAUAGGAUGUCGUCUUUUGGGGACUUCAUUGCUUUGUCUGAUAUCUGUGAUGUCCCUACAGCGAAGAUCAUUUCCAGGGAGGUGUCUGAUGGGAUUGUGGCUCCAGGCUUUGAAGAAGAAGCCCUCAAAAUUCUAUCCAAAAAGAAAAAUGGCAGCUACUGUGUACUCCAGAUGGAUCCAACUUACAAGCCGGAGGAAAAUGAAAUCCGCACUCUCUUUGGAUUGCAUCUAAUGCAGAAGAGGAAUGAUGGUGUGAUUGAUCGAUCACUAUUCAAAAACAUUGUAACCAAAAAUAAAAAUUUGCCUGACCCAGCUAUCAGAGAUCUGAUUGUUGCUACCAUUGCUGUUAAAUAUACUCAGUCUAAUUCAGUUUGUUAUGCCAAGAAUGGACAGGUGAUUGGCAUUGGGGCAGGGCAGCAGUCCCGUAUCCACUGUACCCGCCUGGCUGGAGACAAGGCAAACUACUGGUGGCUCAGACAUCACCCACGAGUGCUCUCCAUGAAGUUCAAAGCUGGAGUGAAAAGAGCAGAGAUCUCCAAUGCUAUUGAUCAAUAUGUUACUGGGACCAUUGGUGAGGGUGAAGAUUUUGCCAAGUGGAAGGCACAAUUUGAGGAAGUCCCCAGUUUGCUUACUGAAGCAGAAAAAAGGGCCUGGAUUGGAAAAUUAAAUGGAGUCUCACUAAGCUCUGAUGCAUUUUUCCCUUUUAGGGAUAAUGUAGAUAGAGCAAAUCAGAGUGGAGUCCAGUUCAUUGUUUCCCCAUCUGGUUCUGCUGCUGACCAAGUUGUGAUUGAAGCCUGUGAUGAACUGGGAAUAAUUCUUAUUCAUACUAACCUUCGCCUCUUUCACCACUGAUGUUUAAUAAUCAGUAUUUGAAAGUAUAUUCUUUAUGAAAUCUGCAUAUAAUGCCAAAAUCUACAUAUAACACAUUGAAAGUAUUAAAGUAAGAUAGAAAGUUCUGAAAACUUCCUUGAAAAAUAAAAGUGCAAAACUAUCAAUUGUGUCUGAACUCUUAGAACUCAGGGUACGGAUGUAGCUUCUAUCAGCAUGCAAAAUCAAUCACUUACUGCUUUUAUCAUGCUCAGCUAAGCAUUGUACACACUGGAAAUUUGUACUUUUAAAUUAGUGAACCCAAUUGAGUUCAUUAAAAGUAGAAUUACAGCUUCUCCUGAAAUUGAUCCCAUGCAGAUAGAAACAUGUUUAUGAUGACUUCUGUUAGAGUAGAAUGCUUUUAGCAGGGUGGGUAACAAUCCUGCAGAGAAAGCAGCAUAAGGACCCAGCUAUCAGAGAUCUGGUAGUUGCCACCAUUGCUGUUAAAUAUACUCAGGCUAAUUCCGUCUCCAGAAAUUAGAGCAGCAUAAUGAAUGGGGAAGGAAGAUGUUGGCAUCACGAGUAGUAUAUGUAGAUGUAUCCAUCUCAUGCUGAAAAAACUGCAGGGACUUGUCAAGCUGUCUCCAGGAGUGAAGACUGAUCUGAAGGCCCACAAAACCCCCUCUCAUUAAGUGAAGCUGUAUGAUGGAAGCCUUUUAGCAUAUUCUGUCAGCAUACAAAGUUGGUAUAUGAACAGUGAAGAGCAUCAUUUUUAGCUCAUCCGUUCCUGCAAUCCCAUCUCUGCAAUUUCUAGUUUUCCAUAAUAUAUGCACAUCUCUUAUAAAUCUCAAGGCUCGCUCUGAAAUGUCUUCAUUCUUUCUAACAUAGACAAUAAUAGGUUGCAAGAUGAACAUGAAUGGUACCAAUUGUUAAAUGAAUAAAUGCAUUUUAAAGUGA